AUGCCCGUAGUACAUGAAUUCUCUUUGUGGUUGAAAAACCUCUUUUUGGCGGUUUAUGUGAUAUGGUCCAGACUUAAGUGGGGGGUUUUACCUGUCGAAAGACAAGUUGAAGAUGCAGCUGAGGAAUCUUUCGUUCACUCUGAUCUUGAAACAAGCACGGUAGAUGGGGAAGAUGAUGAAAAAGAAGCAAAGAAACCAUAUGAAGAAGUGAAGGAAAAGAUUGAUGAGUUGCCAAUAAUUGACGCUUCCAAUAGACCCUGGUACAAAUUUUUUGACGAAUAUGAGUUUAGACAAACAAAAGAACAAAGAAGUUCACACAAGUGGUACCAUUGGUUCAACGAAAAUGAUACACCAGCAGAGAAGAAACUCAUAUUGAAGCUUGAUAUCUUGUUGACUCUUUAUUCCAUGAUGGCCUACUGGGUCAAAUAUUUAGACCAGACUAAUUUGAACAAUGCAUAUGUUAGUGGAAUGAAAGAAUCUCUCAAUAUGAGAGGCAAUGAACUAGUUCAUACUCAAGCAGUUUUCACUGUUGGUACUAUUGUCUUCCAAUUGCCAUUUAUGUGGGCGCUUUAUAAAGUUCCAUUGAGCUAUGUUUUACCUAGUCUCGAUUUAUGUUGGAGUUUAUUCACCUUAGGUGCAUAUAAGUCCACCUCUGUAGCGCAUUUACAAGCAAUGAGGUUCUUCAUUGGCGUAUUUGAGGCUCCUGGUUAUUUGGCUUACCAAUAUUUGUUUGGUAGUUGGUACAAGGUUGAUGAAAUGGUCCGUCGGUCCAUGUUUUAUUAUAUUGGUCAAUAUCUUGGUGUGUUAACCUCUGGCUUGUUACAAGCGUCAAUUUAUAAAACUUUAAAUGGGGUCAAUGGCUUGGAAGGAUGGAGAUGGAUGUUUAUUAUUGAUGCAAUCAUUUCAUUUGCCGUUGGUAUUAUUGGAUUCUAUGUUUUGCCCGGUACUCCGGCUCACUGCUAUUCGAUUUUCUUGUCAGAUGAUGAGAUUUUACUUGCUAGGAAAAGAUUGCAGAAGAAUAACACGGCAAUUGAAGUUGAAGGCGGAAGAAGAUUUUUUGACAAGGCACUCUGGAAGAAAGUCUUUACGUCUUGGCAUGUCUAUAUUUUAAGCAUCUGGAAUAUUUUUUGUUGGAAUAACAACAAUGGAACAUCUGGUGCUUAUUUAUUGUGGCUCAAGUCUUUACACAGGUACAGUAUCAGCAAAGUGAAUCAAUUAGGCGCUGCAACUCCAGCAGUCGGGGUCCUAUGGUUAAUCUUGACAGGUUGCUAUGCAGAUUUAUUCCAUUCCCGUUGGCAAGCGAUUAUUUGGUCUCAAAUCCUAAACGUCACAGGGAAUACCAUUUUAGCUGUUUGGCACGUUCCGGAGGGUGCCAAAUGGUUUGCUUUUAUGCUACAGUACACAGGUUGGGCAAUGGCUCCAGUUUUGUAUUCCUGGAUGAAUGACAUCUGUAGAGAGGAUCCUCAAUACAGAGCAAUUGUUUUGGUCAUAAUGAAUAUCAUGGCCCAAACCUCAGUUGCAUGGAUUUCGGUCUUGGUGUGGAAAACUGUUGAAGCUCCAAGGUAUUUGAAGGGGUUCUCAUUCACGGCCGCUAGUGCCUUCUCACUAAUGCUUUGGACUUUUGUAGUCCUCUACUUCUAUAAGAGGCAAGAAAGAACAAACUUUGCGAAGAAGGGUUUAAUUGUGAGAAGCGGUGAAAUUUGA